AUGGUAAUAUAGCUUUGCAAUUAUGAUUUUUCAUAUCGUUGUUAAGAAUUUUAUCACUAUUCAUUUAAUAUUCCCCAUUUAAGAACAAUUUUUAUAACUACAGACGGGGAAGCUUUGAUUUAGAACUCGGCAUUUACUGCCAUGGUAUAUCAUAAUUCUUUACUCUGCCAAGCUUCGAAAAAAAAGCGAAUGUCAGCAAUGUCACCACUGAUCAACCUCAUUGCCUUGACUGGCUCGUUUAUUUUCGUUUUCAUCCUAUUUUACAACUUUGGUCACAGCUGUGUUCCGCCUAUUUGAGAAAUUGGUGUUGGAAGAGAAACAACGACUUUGAAACCUUGUGUUCUCACUUAUUAGCGAGGAGCUGUUCUUUUGAUUUUCAUGAAAUUAAAAUCUGGACUACUUUUAACCAUCUUUUCAGGAUUUUUAUGAUAGUCUUUAUCUAAAUAAGACAGUACUUGGAGCAUUUCUCAUUAAAAACGUCGUAGAUAAUCAGGGAUUGCGUUGGUUUUCCCCAAUACGCUCCGUGAUUGUCUCAUAAACUCGUGUUGCCUCUAAACUUAUCAAAUCACUCGGGUUUUCCCACGCGUCGUUUUAAAUUCUCGUUGACUGUUUAGGAUUUUUCACUUUGCUCUGAUCGGCCCAUGUGGUUACUUUGCUUCUGGUUAUACUACACUAAGUUGAGAGACCUCAAGUGAUAUGUUUGGCCGCAUGUUAUAAUGUUUAUUUUAGCCAGAUGAAAAAAGAGUAAACUGCCUACCUAAACCAGUUAUCAAUGUCGACCCGUCGUCAUCUCUGCUUCUCUUCACCCUGUCGCUCUCAGCCACUGGAAUUCUUUGUACUUUGUUCAUGCUGGGCGUGUUCGUCAUCCUCAAGCAUCAUCCAGUCAUCAAAGCGUCUAGUCGCGGGCUAAGCUGUAUCUUGUUGGUUGGAAUCAUGAUAUCUUUCGCUGAAAGCUUCGUAGAUUUAAUGGAGCCACGUAAUGUAUCCAUGUUCAUACUUUCCGGUUUUUGUUUCAUUGUAAAAAGCAACACCAAAUUUUCCGUUCGCGUUGGAAUUAGAGUAGGAAGAGCAAAUCUAUAGAAAUGCUGUUGCCAAAUUCUAUAAAUUUUAUGUACAAUAAAUUUUCCUUGUGAUGAGGAUCUUUUUCCAAUUGUUACAAUUAUACUAACAUCAACCUCAGUCGUUCACUUGGAAAUUGACUCUACAGAUUUGAUGUAUCGGCGCGUUGCAUUUGUCAGAUUGUCCCUUAUAACGCCGGGUAAGAAAACCAUAAACUGAUAGUCCCUGAUAACUUAAUUGAAUAUGUUUAUGUCCUAUCCCUAGAUAAACGCGUUUGCAGUUUGAGAGGAUACACCUGUUUAGGCCAUGUCACUUGCUAUGCUGUGAUGACCUCCAAGGUUCUGAGAGUGAAUCGUCUCUUCAACAGCUCACUCCGUAAAACAUUGAAUCCUACAUUUGUCAGCACGCGCUCACAGCUAGGAUUCAUAGGAUUCAUCUUAGGAAUCGCCCUACUUUUCUCCACGAUUUGGGGCUUUUUCACGUAAGUAUCUAACAAAAAGUAAUGGCAACGUUAACUUAUUUUAUUUACUUGUGGUAGUUACGUUUCGCGUUUGAUGUUUGACCACUUAAAGGAUCCAAGUCAACCACAAGACACUCCGCGCCUGGUCCACCAUUUUCGAUGCCAUCUAAAUUCGGGAAAUUUUCAUCCAGCCUUCAGAAAUUAAUUCUGAAUAGGAUAUAUUUUAAUGACUUUACUUUACGAUGUAAGUAAUUGCGUGGGUUUUGAAUAAGGUGCCAUCUCGCCAUCAGUAUUGUCUCGAGGUUAAUCAAAGACGGACGAUAUUGAGUCAUAAAAAGCGAUAUUUUCUACUGUGUACUAUUUUCUUUGUUUUUAAGUGACCCUCCUCAACCGAAUAACUCCAGAAAUUCGUCGGGUAUCCUCUAUUUCUUUCUUUAAGAGAAUUGACCUCACCUCAUACGAUUUUUAUUUGUUUCCAGCUACCAAGACAGCGUUUUGAGAAUCUAUUCAGCAAAAGAGGUUAUUGUCCAAUGCAACAUCUCAAACCCGCACGUGGUAGUCACCAACUCCUUCUAUCUAAGCCUUCUCGCCCUGUGUGGGGUCUACACAUUCAAAACCCGUAAGCUCCCAAAGCAAUUUAAAGAAACCAAAAGUUUAGGUUUGGCGAUAUAUACAGCAGCCACAUUGCAUUUAAUUGUUUUAUCAGUAGUUUGCACCAUGAACAGCCAAAACUUGAUACGAGGAAGGGUGGUUAGGUUGAGCUACCCUUUAGCCGCUUCAGCUGUGUUAUUCCCCCUAUUUUCGGCAAAGUUGUACAGUAUAAUUUUCCGUGCGGAAAAAAUGGUAAAACAGCUGCCAAAGAGGAAACCUAGAGCUGGAGAUAUUCCGCAACGUUAUGCAAAUAGUUCCUUGUUGUUAAGAAUGAACCAAUCAACUCCAGAUCUUCUCCGAAGGCGGCCUGAGAAUGUAUUCAACCUCCACCUAGGAUCGUUUCCUGAAGACGUAAGAAGUUACGCCGGGUCGCUUGCGACAGUCUCCGACGAUGCCCGCAGCCGUGCAACAUCUAUCGAUACAUUACGAAGCAACUCUGGAUGGCUGGACCGAUGUUUAACUUUAGGCGAAGUAACCAGAAGAGGUGAUCGAGAUUCUCAGCUGAAGAACGAAAAGAAUUACGACCAUUCAUUCUAUUCCACUUGGUUAUAA